CUAAACCCUACAUCUGUUCGAUCCAACACUCGCGGCUGCCCUCGUAAACAUCGAUUCGUCUUCCACGGGCGAUUGGGGGCGAAGAUCCCAACCAAAGAACAGCCGAACAGGUCAAUGUUGUGGAACGAUCUGUUCUCAUAAUCCAUCGCUCAAGCCCUGAUCACUGUCUCUUGCUUUCUACCCGUAUCAGCAACAGCACUGUGAAGUUGUUGUAACAUAGUGCGCAAUCUCAAUGGCUGCUGUGGGCGAUUCCAUCCUUCUGUCUCGUGAGAUCUUCUCUAAGAAGCAGAAUGAUGUUCCCUUCAAGAACCAGUAUUUUGGUGCUUCAGUUCUUCUUCCUAAAACCCCACCUCGUCUAGCAAAAUCUAGGGUUAGGACUUUGUUGUCGGUUCGAUCAACGAUGCAGGUUGAUUUGGGGAAUGUGACUCGUUCUCCUGAACUCGUGGAAUCACCUUUAGGAUUUGAUUUGGUGUCUGAGGUAGAGUUGAAGGAGAAGGGGUUUAUGGGUCUGCGGAAGACUAAGCUCGUGUGUACAAUCGGUCCGGCUUGCUGCAGUUUAGAGAAGUUGGAAAGACUGGCGUUGGGAGGGAUGAAUGUUGCAAGGCUUAACAUGUGUCACAAUACGCAGGAGUGGCAUCGGGAUGUAAUUCGGAAUAUUAAAAGGCUGAACGAAGAAAAGGGGUUUUGCAUUUCUUUGAUGAUUGACAUCGAAGGUCUUCAGAUGCAUAUGGUUGAUCAUGGGGCCGAUUCUUCUGUCAAAGCUGAGGAUGGGUCGAUCUGGUUGUUUACCACUCAAAAAUUUGAGGGAUCUCGUCCACUUACAGUUAAAGCCAAUUAUGAAGGAUUUUCUGAAGGUAUAACUAUUGGUGAUGAGAUUGUCAUUGAUGGAGGAAUGGCAAGCUUUGAAGUUAUUGAGAAGGUUGGAAAUGAUCUGCGCUGCAGGUGCAUAGACCCCGGCCUUCUCCUACCCCGGGCAAAGUUGAGUUUUUGGAGAGAUGGAAAACUUGUGGGGAGGCAGUAUGGGCUUCCUACCCUAUCACCAAAGGAUUGGGCUGAUGUCGAGUUUGGGAUAUCCGAAGGAAUCGACUUUAUUGCCUUGUCAUUUGUAAAGGAUCCUAAUGAUAUCAAACAAUUAAAGAGAUACCUCGCCACAAAAUCAUCAGAGUUCACAAAAGUUUUGGCCAAGAUUGAAAGCUUGGAGUCUCUUGAGAAUUUGGAGAGUAUUGUAGAAGCCUCUGAUGGAAUCAUGGUGGCACGUGGUGAUCUUGGUGUGGAAAUUCCACUUGAACAGAUUCCGACAGUCCAAGAAGAGAUAACUCAUGUUUGUAGGCAACUAAAUAAGCCAGUGAUCAUAGCUUCUCAACUUCUCGAGUCAAUGGUUGAAUAUCCAACCCCGACACGUGCUGAGGUUGCAGAUGUUUCAGAGGCAGUAAGGCAAUAUACUGAUGGCUUGAUGUUAUCUGGAGAGUCAGCAAUUGGGUUAUUUGGAGAGAAGGCUCUUUCCGUCUUGAGAGUGGCUAGUGGUCGAAUGGAACUAUGGGGUCGUGAAGAAAAUCGACAAAGCCUUCUCUCACUGCCUCAACUUGGAUUGUCUUUGCCUGACCGGAUUGCGGAGCAGAUCUGCAAUUCUGCUGUGGAAAUGGCAAAUAAACUUGGGGUAGAUGCAAUAUUUGUAUACACUAAACAUGGAUAUAUGGCAUCUCUUCUGUCACGCAACCGUCCAAAUCCUCCAAUAUUUGCAUUCACCGACAAAAGCAGCACCAGGAAGGCUCUUAAUUUGCAUUGGGGGGUUAUCCCCCUCCAUGUUGAACUAUCAGAUAACAUGGAAAAGAACAUUGCGGAAACUUUUGAACUCAUGAAGACAAGGCAGAUGGUGAAAGAGGGAGAUGUGGUAUUGGUUGUCUCAGAUGUUGACACAAUUUGUUCAAGCCCUGCUGUAUUCCAAUCGAUUCUGGUGAGAACUAUAGUGUAGUGCUUCUGUUUGUUCACUCACCUGUAUUGGUAUGUAUUUUGUAUUUCCACGAGUGAUGGAGCAAUGCCAUACUGUAUAAGUAGAGAGCUUACCAUCUUGGAUGUGCUUGUGGUGGUAGUGUAAUUUUCAGUGCAUUUAGGAGCUUACAGCCUUACCAAAAGUGUUAAAUUUCAGUCUUUCACAACAUAUGUAGCCAUGAAUCCUCAUACAAUGAACCUAUAAAUUUGAGAACAUGGUGUUCACUACUUUCU